CAAUGUCAAUGAAAAAUAAUAGCAUUAAUUGCCUUCAUGCGAGAGGAUAUGAGCUAGCUGAUAUUAACAUAAUUAAAACCAUCGCAAUAACGCGCUUUAUUCAAUUUUCAGACACAAAGUCCCCCUAGAUUACUUGCUACCACUCCACCAGCUCGACAAAGAUCCCUUCGCCUCACUCGUCUUCUGCUCCACUGUCUUAUCAAAUUUAUCGACGUUAGCCUUGAUCGUUGCUGACGCAUCCUGUCGCACGUCAUUAAGCUUAUCGAGACUCUCGUGGGCUAGUCCUGAAGCACGAUUGCUGGCGUCUUGCGCCUGGGUGCGGGCAUUGGACACCUGAUCACACAUUAGCUCUCAUCUAUACAAUAGGAAAAGAGGGAAAUAUAUAGAACAUCAAAGCAACUCAAGAUAGGGAGAUAAAGAACAUACCGCCUCGUCGAUGUGCGCACCAGCUUCGGAACCAACUUUCUGACCAGCUUUUUCGGCCUUGUCCGCAGGGACCUUGUUGCGAGCUACAUCGGCAUCAUCUACCAAAGGUCAGCUUCGUGCUCGCAACGAUAAAGAGUGACGGGAAUAGGAAAGGAAGAGAGUACGUUUAAUCUCUUGCUUCGCGGCCUUUGGGUCACCACCCGCCCGAUACAGAUAGUAACCGCCAACACCAGCGGCAGCGAGAGCGGCGUAGAGUCCGGUUCUGUUCGACAUCGUAAUGGAUGGAUUGCAGUUGCUGUGAUGAUAUUCAAAUUCAAGGUUGCUUUAAAAUUGAAGUUCUAUUGGAUUGAAUGUGAGAAGGCGAGGCAAACAAGGGCUUUAAAAGUCUGGGGUAAGAUGAAGGACCAUGUCAUGGGUUAUGACGUCUACGUCCUGGGUUUCCUUGUGUUAAUAAUAUUUCGCAGACUACAUACGUAUGUACAUGUACAUGGUUUUUCACUGAGCAUACACACACUUCCGUUGGUUACCACUACUGUUAGUUACGGUUUUUGGGAUCUACCAAUUACUUUUAGUCCUUAGUUCUAAU